AUGAAGCUUCUUGUCGCUCUGUACGCUUUUGUUCUUCUCGCUGGAGCGGGCGUACAAGCUGCGUUCCCGCUCAUGCCUGAAAACGUGGCAAAGGGUGGCGAGGCCCUUCGCACCUUGUGGACAACCGCAAGUCAAGGAACGUUCAUGAAUGUUCUGACCCACAACAUGCGCAGUAUCCAGGGCCCCUGGACCGAGUUCCUCACCACCGAAGGCGAACAAAUCGUCAACAACUACUACCGAGAGGCGUUCCGAGACAAGCGGGAUGCAGCAGUCUUGCACGGACACAGCAAAUUCGUCAGGAUGGUCAAGUUCGACAUCACCGAACCCUACAGAUACCAGCCUGAAAGCGAUGCCUAUAAGCCCAAAGUGGCGGCCACUCUCAUUAGCACGUUUGCGGACAGGCUGGCCGCCGCCAGACAGGCGCAGCUGGCCAAGGAUGUUCGUCGUCCUUCAUCAUUCACCAACUGA